GGAGCAGGUUUGGCGUGGAGGUUUUUAAAUGGUUUUGGAGCAGUAUUGAUUUUUAAUUUUUGGAAAAAAAAAAUUAAUUGCCGAAACCCGGGAUCGAACCGGGGACAUUUAGAUCUUCAGUCUAACGCUCUCCCAGCUGAGCUAUUUCGGCGUUGAAGUUGUUAAAAAAAGAGAUAUGAUUUGUACGCCAACGCAUAUGUCAACAUAAAAGAUUAAAUGGGAGUCGAUGGAUUAGUAAUGAAGGUUCAAUUGUGGCGAUGAAAUCCGAUUGAUCAAUCACUGUUUGGUGAUUCUCAUCAGUCGCGUUGGACUUUCUCCAGUCAGCUGAGUCAUAAUGGCGUGCAAACCAGCGGCCACGAGUGCAAAUAAUUAACUGGAAUUUCGAGGCGAACGAACGGUGAAAUUUGCAGGAUUAAAGAUUGCUCAGUGAAUUUUACCUGUGGUAGAGGAGAUUACAGCCAGGUACGUGUCAAUCAUCACGUCUGCUCCAAAAUGAUGGACAGAUUUCGGAGCAUAAGGGGAGAAGUAUAUUUUUGUGGUAACAGUCAAGAUCAAUGUCAAUGCUGACAUUAUUUAAAAAAACAAUAAAGAUGCAGCAAGCAAUGCUACGCUGCAAUGGUGUUCCUACCCAAGUAAUAACCGAGGGUCGUUGGGUUGAAGAGGGUCUAUCACCAAACGGCCACAAAGACGUAGUACUGGUCAUCCCGGGUAAUCCCGGAAUUCCAACUUUUUACACUGGUUUUAUUAAAGCCCUGAAAUCGUGCUUACCUACUGAGACACCAGUGUGGGUGUUGGGCCACGCUGGACAUGUACUACCACCGAAGAUGCUGAGUUUUUCGUCUGAAGAGGAUGCACAAUGUCGGGCAUUCUCACUCCAAGGCCAGAUUGAGCACAAGGUGGCGUUUGCCAAGGAAUACAUUCCAAAAGAUGCGAGGGUACAUCUUGUCGGACAUUCCAUUGGUGCUUGGCUUAUUCUUAAACUUUUAGAGGAUGAGGAAUUUGCCAAAAGAGUUGUUAAAUGUUAUUUGUUGUUCCCGACAAUUGAAUAUAUGGCUGAAACUCGUAGUGGAAUUUUCUUCACCAACAUCUUGCUGAGGCUUGCUCCAUUACUAUUUUUUCUGGCCUGGAUUUUUACAUUCUUCCCCACGAUCAUACGAAAUUUUCUCGUAAGAAUUUUCGGCGUCUUAUUUGUGGGUUUCGGCAGUCAAUCAGUGCAGCCAGUGCUCCAAUUGAUCGAGCCAGAGGUCCUUAAACGCGUCUUCCUGAUGGCAAAGGAGGAGAUGCAGCAAGUGCGAGAAAUGGACCACGAAAUAGUCUCGAAAUACAGUGAUAAAUUGUGGUUGUACUAUGGAGCAACUGACGGUUGGACUCCAGUGCGAUAUUAUGAUCGUCUCAAAGUCAAACAUCCUCAUGUGGACGCUCAACUUUGCAAACGGGGUUUCCGACACGCCUUCGUGCUAUCGAACGAAAAAGACGUCGGUAAAAUGGUUGGAGAUCUCAUAAAUGAGACUAUUCAUUGAUGAAUUUUUAAUUGUCUACAGAAUUAAACAAAUGUUGCUGUUAAUUUUGAUAAAUAAAUAGUUGGGCCCGGCUGGUUGUUCAAAAAAAAUGAAAUAUAUUUAUUGAAUAUAGUGUUCCAAAUCCCCUCGUCUUCCAGAACAAUGAAAAAUUAAUGCGACUAAUUCUAGAUUUUCUGCUUGUCCUUCUUAGCUUGCUCGGCAAGUGCCUCCAAUCGAUCGUGCUCUUUGAUUAGUGCUGUCACUUCAGCUGCUGGCAGAAUUCUCGUAACUGUCUUACCAUUUUCCCGAGUGAGUGUCGCCAUUUCCACUGAGCGAAUAACAAAAUAUUGUGAAUAAUAAAUAAUUAAUUAUUGAUUAAGUUGUAUUUAGAUACUACAUUAAAGGAAUGGAUCAGGAAAUAUUCAUUUCGAAAAGCUCUGUGUUUAGAUUAUGGAAUAAGGUCAGAUGUAAGAAAGUGUUUUUCUGAAGUUAUUG